AUGCCGUCCGAUCUCUCUCCACAACAGCAGCUGGAUCGACAGGAGCUGUUGCAACAGCAGCUCGCCCAGCCGCUUUUGGGACAACCGCACGAGCCGACGACGGAGCAGCUCGAGCAGGAGAUUGAAGAGAGGAUCAAGCGAAUAAGACUGGAAGGAGUAGCCGUUAGGUGCGAAGAGGCAGACAGAGUAGCAGCAGCAACUGGUGUGGGAGUCGGCCGGCCUCAGGAUUGUUUUGCUAAUCUCACGCCUCUUGAAUCCCCCAACCUGCACCAGCAGUUGUUGCACGGGAAUCUCUGCAGGGAUCCUGAGACAAACAGCCAUGGCCGCAGGAGCAGCCGUAGCAGUGAAGUUGGUAGCCAUUCAGGCAGCAGCGAAAGCGACGUCUGCAGCAUUGUACGAGAGCCCCUUACUACCGGUUCAUCAUCAGCAGCCCCACCUGGGGAGACGCCGCAAGAGCGGGCAAAGCUUGCGCAGAUUGCAGCGGCAGCCGAGCUGGCUGCCCGAGCCGAGUCUUUAAGGCGCUCCCUCGUCAAUGAUGAUCCCGAGCCCCCAGAGCAUCAGGUCAUCAAAGACUUGGGGGAGAGAGUGCUGCUUACAGACGAAGAUUUUUGA